AUGUGGACCUCUUCGAAACCACGAACGGGAAUCAGGGUGGACGGACAACCGAUAGAACUCGUCGAUGAGUUCUGUUACCUAAGCUGUACGCUGAAGAACAAUGGCAGCUACGAGAAAGAUACUCCCAUCACCAACGAAGUCACGCUGCGAGUCUACCUAUCCGCAAUUCGCCCCAUCAUGAUGUACGGAUCGGAGACUUGGGCAGCACCAUCAACGGUUAUGGAGAGGCUUGACUGCACGGAACGAAAGCUGCUUAGACGGCUACUUGGCUACUUUUGGCCUAGGGAGACCGGCAGAUCGCCUUGUUCAACGAGUUUUGAGGUGUUCGUCGGGUUCGAGCUGGAAGAAGCCACCUGGCCGAAAACGGAAGUUCUGGACUGA